AAGGGUGAUUUUCUCCAAGUCCCAUCUAUUAAGGUUGUGAGAUUUGCAUGCGGGGAAUAUCACUCGUUUCUUUCUUCUUUUUUUUUCGUUUUUCGGUGGUGAUCCAAUUCAAUCCGGGGGUGAUGGUGUAUGGUAUAGUGUUGGGAUGUUUUUUUCUUGUUUUUUCUUGUUUUUUUCCCUUCCAGAUGGGAUUUGGUACGGUCUACAGUAGUCUCAUAUGUUCAAGGCCGUCUUCUUUCACCUCUUCUCGGAGUUUUGGGAUGGAUAGGUGGAUGUUGUUGAUAUCACUCGGUUUUGGGUGCUGUAUUGGUGCGGUUCUUGGUUAAAUGUUUACGGUUUUGGUUUGCGGUGUAUGUAUAGUUUAUGUGUGUGAAUAUCUGUGUGUGUGUAGUGGGGGGGAGUUACCGUAGUUGACUUUGCGCCGUUUCGCGAGUGGAUCGGUGGAUGCUACUUUUCAUUAGAAGAGGAGCAAGGGAGAUGAAAAGUGAGUGACACCUCGUGCAGCAUCUAAUCAGAUAGUGAGCCCCCUUCCCGUAUCGCAAACCCCGAACCUUGGCAACCCAUAGUAUGAUAGUCUAGUAGUUUAGCCCUUUUGCCACUUCCGUCCUCAACCUCCGUCCGACUUUGCUUACCACACCUUCCUUCCUUUCCACGUCCAACCAACCGCACCCUGCCGCAAUCGAUCAACCCCCCAUCCCGUCACGUCAAUCCUUCAACGAGCACAGGCGAAAGAAGAAAAAAAAAGUAACUUCAUCAUGGACGCAAAGAUCUUGAGGGGCACCAAGUUCCCACCGGAGUACUCCAAAAAGGUCGAUAUGGAGAAAGUAAACUUGGAGGUUAUGAAGCAGUGAGUCCUCCUCUAAUUAUUUAAUUAUUGAUUUUUUAACACUCAUUGGAAGGAAGAGAGAGGUUGUGAGAUGCGAUUUUGCUAAUGUAAAUGUUUUUUCUUUCUCUUAAGGUGGAUUUCCCGCAAGGUUAUAGAGAUAUUAGGGAGUGAGGAUGAUGUCGUUAUUGAUUUUGUAUACUCACUUCUGGAGGAAGAGAGGAUUGUUCGUUAGCCCUUUCUUUCUUUCCUUCUUGAUUUCUCUGCUGAACCUGUCGUUUGCGCAAAGGUGGCUAAUGUGGUGGUCUUGGUGGUGACAGCCUGAUCCGAAGAAGAUACAGAUUAAUCUCACGGGGUUCCUGGAGAAGGAUACUCCUGCAUUCUGUAAGCAACUCUGGGGGCUUCUGUUAAGUGCUCAGUCAAAUCCGCAGGGCGUGCCGAUGGAGAUGUUGGAGAAGAAGAAGGAGGAAUUGCGUCGCGAGAAGGUACUGGUUUUUUUUUCUUCUUAGCGCUGUGGAGAUGGGAUUGCUGAUAAUGGUGGUGUAGGCUGUGGUAGAAGAACGUACAGAGCAACAACGUCGCAAGCGUGAGGAGGAGGAGGCUCGAGAACGCGAGAUUGCUAACGUCCGUGAACGCGAACGUGAACGGGAUACCCGUCGUAGAGCCACGCAACCGGCGGUGGGAGCAUCAUCGUCAUCGAAGGAUACCCGGGAUGGAGGAGGAGGAGGAGAUAACUACGUUGCACGUUCCCGACCUCUCAGCACCCGCCGCCGUUCUCCGGACAGGUCAGACCGAAGGGAAAGACGCCCCCCGCAUCAACGGGGCGGGGGACGCCGCGGAGGAGCUGGAGGGGAUAGGUUCAGGGGCGGAGAGACAGACACGUACAUUCCGUCACGCAGAGGUUACAAUCGACGUGAUUUUGACAACGGUGAAGACAGGGGCUACAGCAGAUAUGGUCGUUCCCGCUCGGGAUCUCGAUCGCGGUUUCGCGGCGCACGUGACGAGUACCGUGCUAGACGUCCUUCCCCGCGCUACUCAAGUUCCCCGGAUACGCGCAGGAGCCGUGAGCGGCAGCAUCAUUACCAGCGGCAUCGGUCCCACACUCCGGAUUACAGCAGAGCAGAAAGAGGCCGGAGAAAUCACCGGGAUAGGAGGUGGAGGAGCGUAUCUUCCCGUUCUUCCUCGUCUAGGUCUUCCUAUGCGUCUACUGAGUCCCCGUCGAGGUCACCUCCCCCCAAGAGAGGAAGCAGGAGGGAACGCACCGUUUCAAGAGAUCGUGUGGAUCGGAGAGCGAAGCGGCCUUCGAGGGGUUAUGCUGAGGAAACAGAUAGUUGGCGUCGCCGUCGUCGUGAAUCGGAGGAGCCGUCCGGGAGAGAUGCCCGCGCAUCCAAGAGAAGGCGAUCACAGUCUUCCGACAUCGAUGAUAGCAAGAAUAAUAGGAAUCGUCGGGGUUCGCCCCCGCGCACCCGGGACAGACAAGCGAAGAGUUCUACUACCAUCGCCUCCAGUACUACCAGAGUGGUGGAGAAAGAGGGUGGGAGGGACAAGGAGGUGGGUGAUGGCUCAAUUAUUGAAACUCCAGGUGCGAAAUAAUGACCAGAGGCAUCAGUUGACGCUUCAGCAACGAGAGAACCAGCUACGCGAACAGCUUCUCCGGGAGAAGAUCAAGCGGUCGAGACAGAAUAGUGGGAGUAAUGGGAGCGGAAAGGGUAGUGUUGAGGGGAAGGACCGAACGGACUGA